GGCAGCUCCAGACUUCACAGGCAGCGGCAGGCAAGGCGGUCUCGCCGGGCGCGAGGCGGGCGCGGUGCUCGCCCUGAGAGACCUUCUUUUCAGCCGGGCGCGGAAGGCGACUCUGCGGCUCAAGAGGGAUCGGGAGGGCGCUCUCCAGGUUAGGGUCUUUCGCCCGUUCGCCUCCCAUCUCGUCUAGGUUCGUGGAGCCUCGGGAAGAGCCGUGGCUUCGAGGGCGGUUCCGAGGUCACCUACAAUACAACCUUCAUUGGAUUGAAGUAGAAACAUAAGAAGGGAAACAUUUUCAUUUUAAGCACACGGAAGUGAGAGCCACCAUGAAUGGUCAUAUUUCUAAUCAUCCCAGUGGUUUUGGAAUGUACCCAUCUCAAAUGAAUGGCUAUGGAUCAUCACCCCCCUUUUCCCAAAUGGACAGAGAUCACAGUUCAAAAACAAGUGCAAAGGCUCUAUAUGAACAAAGGAAGAAUUAUGCAAGAGACAGUGUCAGCAGUGUGUCAGAUAUAUCCCAGUACCGAGUUGAACACCUGACUACCUUUAUUCUGGAUCGGAAAGAUGCUAUGAUAACCGUAGAUGAUGGAAUAAGGAAGCUGAAAUUGCUUGACGCUAAGGGCAAAGUAUGGACUCAAGAUAUGAUCCUUCAGGUGGAUGACCGAGCUGUGAGCCUGAUUGAUUUAGAAUCAAAGAAUGAAUUGGAGAAUUUUCCUUUGAACACCAUCCAACACUGCCAAGCUGUCAUGCAUUCAUGCAACUAUGAUUCGAUUCUUGCCCUUGUAUGCAAGGAACCAACCCAGAACAAGCCAGAUCUUCAUCUUUUUCAGUGUGAUGAGAUUAAGGCGAAUCUGAUAAGUGAAGAUAUUGAAAGUGCAAUCAGUGACAGCAAAGGGGGAAAACAGAAGAGACGCCCCGAGGCCCUGAGGAUGAUUUCCAAAGCAGAUCCUGGCAUACCACCUCCACCUAGAGCUCCUGCACCUGUGCCGCCAGGGACUGUCACCCAGGUGGAUGUUAGAAGUCGAGUCGCAGCCUGGUCGGCAUGGGCAGCUGACCAAGGGGACUUUGAGAGACCACGGCAGUAUCACGAGCAGGAAGAAACACCAGAGAUGACAGCGGCCCGAAUUGACAGGGAUGUGCAAAUCUUAAAUCAUAUUUUGGAUGACAUUGAAUUUUUUAUCACAAAACUCCAAAAAGCAGCUGAAGCAUACUCUGAACUUUCUAAAAGGAAAAAAACUAAGAAAAGUAAAAAAAAAGGACCAGGAGAGGGUGUUUUAACACUGAGGGCAAAACCUCCACCUCCUGAUGAAUUUGUGGACUGUUUCCAGAAGUUUAAACAUGGAUUUAACCUUCUGGCCAAACUGAAGUCUCAUAUCCAGAACCCUAGUGCUGCUGAUUUGGUUCAUUUUUUGUUUACUCCAUUAAAUAUGGUGGUUCAGGCAACAGGGGGUCCUGAACUAGCCAGUUCAGUACUCAGCCCCCUCUUGACUAAGGACACAAUUGAUUUCUUAAAUUAUACUGUCAAUACUGAUGAACGGCAGCUGUGGAUGUCACUGGGCGAAACUUGGAUGAAAGCCAGAGCAGAGUGGCCGAAAGAACAAUUUAUUCCACCAUAUGUUCCACGGUUCCGCAAUGGCUGGGAGCCCCCCAUGUUGAACUUCAUGGGGGCACCAAUGGAACAAGAUAUGUACCACUUGGCUGAAUCUGUGGCAAAUGUAGCAGAACAUCAGCGCAAGCAAGACAUGAAAAGAUUGUCCAAUGAGCACUCCACUAUCUCUGAGUAUCCUCCAGCUGAUGGAUAUGCAAUCCACAACAACAUGUAUACAAGAGGGCCCCAUCUGGACCAUGGGGAAGCUGCUGGUGCUUUUAAGCCAACUCCUAAUCGCCAUGCAGAUAGAAAUUAUGACCCACUCAAAACACAACCGAAGAAAUAUGCCAAAUCCAAGUAUGACUUCGUAGCAAGGAACAACAGUGAGCUCUCAGUUCUGAAGGAUGAUAUAUUAGAGAUACUUGAUGAUAGGAAACAAUGGUGGAAGGUUCGAAAUGCAAGUGGAGAUGCUGGGUUUGUGCCAAAUAAUAUUCUGGAUAUUGUGAGACCUCCAGAGUCUGGAUUAGGACGUGCUGAUCCACCCUACACACAUACCAUACAGAAACAAAGGAUGGAGUAUGGUCCAAGACCAGCUGAUACUCCUUCUGCCCCAUCACCUCCUCCAACGCCAGCUCCUGUUCCUGUCCCCCUUCCACCUUCUGUACCAGCACCUGUUCCUGUGUCAAAGGUCCCAGCAAAUGUAACACGUCAGAACAGCAGCUCCAGUGACAGUGGUGGUAGCAUUGUACGGGACAGCCAGAGACACAAACAACUGCCCGUGGACCGAAGGAAGUCUCAGAUGGAGGAAGUACAGGAUGAGCUCAUCCACAGGCUGACCAUUGGUCGGAGUGCUGCUCAGAAGAAGUUCCACGUGCCACGGCAGAAUGUGCCCGUUGUCAACAUCACCUAUGAUUCCACACCCGAGGAGGUGAAGACAUGGUUACAGUCAAAAGGGUUUAACCCUGUGACUGUCAAUAGUCUUGGAGUAUUAAAUGGUGCGCAACUUUUCUCUCUCAACAAAGAUGAACUGAGAACAGUGUGCCCUGAAGGGGCCAGAGUCUUUAGCCAAAUCACUGUACAAAAAGCUGCAUUAGAGGAUAGCAAUGGCAGCUCUGAGUUGCAAGAAAUCAUGCGAAGACGACAGGAAAAGAUCAGUGCUGCUGCUAGUGAUUCGGGAGUGGAAUCUUUUGAUGAAGGAAGCAGUCACUAAUUUGUUGUUUGUUUUUAAACUCCAUCUUUCUUGGCAUUACUACAACAUGCUUUGUUUUAAGAAGCCUUGAAGGGAAUGUCAGAUCUGUUUUUCUUGGUAUACAUAAUUUAUUGCCAUAAAAAACAAUACCUGAGUAAGCAGAGGAAUUGCUUUUGGGCCCAUUAUUUUUAUUAAAACUGACACAUUUUAGACUGAAUUUUUUUUUUUUACCUUUGGGAAUAUUUUUCCUACUUUAACAAUUAAUUAUUUCACCCCAUCUUAUUGUAUAAGUAGGAAUUUAUUGUCCGUGAUUCAAAAUCUAAACAAUUCAUUUUUUUUGUACGUGUGGUGUCAGGCAUGGUGUAGCUCACUGAGGCUGGCCUCUGCAUUCUUGGGUCUCUCCUCUGACAUGCUUAAUGAUAGAAUAUUUAGAUUUAUUUUAAGUUCUUAAUGCCAACUGUUUAAAAAUUAAAGCAUCAAAUGAACUGUAUAGUCAGCCCUCAGACAUGCAAAUAACAACCUCUGGAGCAUUCUCAAAACAUUUUAUUUGUCAUGGCUCUGUUGAUUGCAAUUCCUUGCAUAGCUUGUAUUUUGAUUUAGUUUAUAUUCUGCUUAUUAUGUAUACUGUGUUCUUAUAUAUAAGAAAGCACAAGUGGAAAGAGGUCAUAUACCUUCAAAAUCUAUCACAGGAAGUAGCCUGCAUUGGUGUGCAUUACAGUAUUUUGCCUAAUGAAGGCCUCAGUUAUGAAUAUUGAUAUAAGUAGUUCAACGAUAUUGGGGCCAUUUCAUGUGAUUGUCUGUGUCAAGUCUUUCUGGUGAUAAGAAACAUAUAAUUUACACAUACUUUAAUCUUAUGAAAGAUUCUAGAUAAAGAAAAGAAAGAUACCUAACCUUCAACAAAUGUUAUUUUUGGAAACACGAUUUUUGUCAUUAAAUGUUAUAUUAUUUCACAUAUAUAAAGCAGAUGUUAUGUAAGAAUGUUGUAUAUUUUAACAUAAAUUCAUUUAGAGAGAUUAUCUAGAUUCAUUAAUUUUUCAUAGUGCCUUUUUCACAUGAGUCAGCUGGAAAGUCUACAAUAAACAGUAUUUGC